AUGAUGCUCAGUGUCUUCCGCAUCAUUACCACCUGGUACCGCCCUCUGCUCGUCGCCCUGUUCAACCCCAGCAUCCCCUUCCAUCUUCGCUGGCGAACUCUCCUCCUUCAGCCCAUCACACUGCUGACCUACUCCAUCAACGCUCUUCCCUACUUCUUCUCCCGGCCAUUUACGGUCGAAUACCUCCCCAUCUUCCCCUCGCACGCCAUCCGCGCCAUCGUCUUCAAACACCCCGGCACAGGAAAAGGCCGCUCGCUCCGGCCUCUACACGUCGAAAUCCACGGCGGUUCCUUCAUUGGCGGUCUGGCAGAGAGCAACGCACGCUUCGAUGAGCGUCUCGCGAAGGAGACAGGCGCAGUGGUCGUCAGCAUAACGUACCGCUUUGCACCGGAACACACCUUCCCAUGCGCCAUAGACGACGUGGACGCUGCUAUAAAAUGGAUCCAGGAGCACGCCGAGAGUCGAUGGGGCGCCGACGCUACCUUGAUGACAGUCAGCGGGUUUUCCUGCGGCGGCAAUCUCGCCAUGGCUGCUACGCAGCAGCGCAACUGCCAGGCGCCGGCACGAACCUCCUUCAAAGCAGCCGUUACAUUCUAUGGUGCGCUGGACCUGCGACUGGAACCAGGGAAGAAGCCCAAGCCCGCCAACUAUCCCAAAUCGGAUCCAUUGCAGUUUCUGCUGCCACUGUUUGAUGCGUAUGCGCAGCCAGCGAGGGCCAAACACAUGGAUGAUCCGCGGCUGAACCCCGUUCUGGCAAGGACGGAGACGCUUCCGGAGAGGGUGCUGUUGGUGGUCGCGGCGAUUGACAUCUUGUAUGCGGAGCAGAUGGCCUUCAAGGAGAGGAUUAAUAAGGAGGCAAAGAGGGAUGUGGUUGAGACGUUUGUUGCGCAAGACGGAUUUCACGGGUAUUUGGAGGUUCCCGAUGCGAUUUUGAAGAAGGAGGUCAAGGAUGAGGCGUUUACGAGGGCCGUGGAGUUUUUGAAAAGGACGUAUUCACUUCAUGGGUGGGAUUGGGCGUGA